CUACCAGAACUGCACGGAACGGAUCGCGAACGUGUCACCGACUGACGUCACAAGCCUCAUCUACCUGGCCGGCUACUCACUCAGCCUCGCCGUACUUUCCCUCGCUGUCUUCGUAUUCUUGUACUUCAAGGACUUGAGAUGUCUGCGAAACACGAUACACACAAAUCUUAUGACAACGUACAUACUGUCUGCUUGCAGUUGGAUUUUAAAUUUAGCGUUACAAAAUUGGUCGGACGAUGCGCAACACGACCAGACGUCGUGUAUGAUACUAGUUAUAUGUAUGCACUACUUCUACCUGACCAAUUUCUUUUGGAUGCUCGUUGAAGGUUUAUACCUGUACAUGCUAGUCGUGGAAACUUUCACUGCUGAGAAUAUAAAACUGAAAGUUUAUACCACAAUUGGCUGGGGAGCCCCAGCCGUUUUCAUCACAAUAUGGGUGAUAUCCCGAUGUUUUGUCAACGUCGUGCAGUCAACAGGGCCUGACGCGCUGUCAGUGACUGAAACCAAGAUGUGUCUAUGGAUGCACGAGCACCAAGUAGACUGGAUCCACAAGGCACCAGCACUCGCAGGCCUUGCGCUGAACCUGUUCUUCCUCAUCAGGAUUAUGUGGGUAUUAAUAACGAAACUUCGGUCAGCGAACACACUGGAGACUGAGCAGUACCGGAAAGCGACGAAAGCGCUAUUGGUAUUGAUCCCACUGCUGGGCAUCACUAACUUGCUAGUUUUGUGUGGGCCGAGCGACGACUCGUGGUUCGCCCACGCCUUUGACUACACCAGAGCCUUGAUGUUGUCUACACAGGGCUUCACAGUAGCGCUAUUCUACUGCUUCAUGAACACGGAAGUUCGUCACGCGAUCCGCUACCACGUGGAGCGGUGGAAGACCGGCCGAGCCAUCGGAGGGGGGCGGCGGAGAGGGGCAUCCUACUCCAAAGACUGGUCCCCUCGGUCGCGGACGGAGAGCAUACGGUUAUACCAUCAUCCUUCGAAGAGAGAGUCGGCUGCUUCAGAGACAACCACCACGACGCUGCUCGUGCCUAGGACCUCACUGGCUCCACACUAUGACGGCAGACAUCUCCACGCUGUAAGUUAUUCACGGACUACAUAACGAGCGGGAGUGCGAGCGGGGACCAGUCGCCGGUGUGAGGC